UGUGAGGAGGGUGGGAAAGGAUGAGGCCACAUUGUGUGGGGCCUUGUGUGUCGUCCUGGGCAUUUAGGAUUUGAUGCUGAGGUAUGGUACCAUCAGGAGGUUUUAAAUAGAAGUGUAAUGUUGCCUCCUUAAUAGUAAAAAGAAAACCGAACAGAGAACAAGUGGGCUGCUUUCUCUAACUGUUGGCCUUCCCACAGUGUGCAGAGCAUGGGGGAGAAGUCACUGCCCUCGGCAGGCUGGUACAGGGCUGUGGGCAGGAGCAAGCUGUGGGUCGGAUUUCCUGGGGUCAGGCUGCUGUUGAAUAACUGAGUGCUUUUCCUUCCCUGUCAGUUGGGGGUUAGUGAGACGGUUAAAUGAUGGGGGAAGCGGGUGGUGCACUCGCCUGGCACCUAGCCAAUCCUCAGAAGGUGUAAGCUGCCAUGGUGCGGUUACUUGCUCUAGGUGCCCUGAUGGGAGAUGGGGAGCGGCUUAUGAGAGCAGCACCCGUGGUAGGCUGUGGGGUUGGGGGUGUCAGGAGCCCCCGGGAUAAAGCCAGACAGAGGGGGCGCUUGCUGCAGGACUGGGGGUGCGGUGGGCGGCAUCCCAGAUGACUUCUGCUGUGGAGCCAUAGCGGGCGACGACAAGGCCCAGGCCAGAGGCAGGGGAGUACCACCAGACCAAGGACAAGGCCACGGGAGCGAGGAGGUGGAGGCGCUGGGGGGCUGGGACAGAGCCUGCACCUGCGCACUGGGGCCUGAGCCUCGGGGCCUCCUUGGUGACUGAGAGGGGCUAACGGUGGGUGGAGGAGGGUACGGGUGACCAGCCUGCUCAGGAGCGGCGGCCUGUCCCCAGGAGAGGUGGAGUGGAGUGGUCCACAGCAGGGAGGAGCAGCUCCCCACCCGCUCUCUCAGAUGAACUGUCCUCCGAUUCUGAAAAGCUACCUCUUCCCCAGACUUUCCCCUGAAGGGAUGGCGAAGUGGGCUCCCAAGAGCAGCCCUCUGGGCGAGGCCAACUAGGGCUGGAGUUGGGUUUCUGGGCUCCUUCUCAGUGGAAGCCGUGGCAGCUUCUAGAGGUGGCAAGAAGACGCUCUGAUGGUACUGCUGUGAGGAGGGAGCCCUAAUCCCAGGGGCAGACUGGCCUGAAUCCACAGCCUCAGCUGUGAGGGUUCCCUUCAAUCUGGGAUUGGAGGGCCUGAGGAGUGGCAGAAGCCACAGGGCCUUCCCCUCAAGUAGGCAUCGAGAACCUGAGGCCGCCUGAGCCCUGGGGGUUGCGGGCCUGGUUGACACUGGGCUUCAAGUGCUCACAGCCAAAGGCUGGAGGGCGUGGGUCCCACCUUCCAUCCAGAACGGGGGAUAAAGGCUGCAUUGUCUGAGCGAGGCUCUGUGAAUGGGGCCUUUGAGAUGGAUUUCCACCAGAGCUGCAAGCCUGGCUGUUGUGCUUUUGGAGACAGCGGGGAGUCUGGGAGCGCAAGGCAGCACUGGAGCACCCUUGGGCUGGCCUGCGUGGGGAGGUUGGAUGGCGAAGGGAACUGUGCGCUGCUCACCAGGCUUCCUGGCUCAGGCUCAGGCCCGACCCCGGGGUCCGUUCUCCCCAGCCAGCCCUCCUCAACCCUGCCUGGAUCUGUCACCACAGGGUCAGGGGUGCUCUGGGAUCUGGCCAGAGGCUGUCUUCCCCGCUCCUGUCUUUCUGGGCGCGACCCUGGGGCACUCCCUUCCUGCCCACAUCUGAACCUUUCUGGUAAACCCUCCUGGCUUUCCAGUGGCCCCAGCGCAGGCCUCUGGGGCAGCAUCUGAGUCACCCAGCCUCCCCAUGGCCUCCUGCCCUGGGCUCGUCUGUGAGGCUGUCUGGAAGCAUAGUCUGUGGAUCACGAUCUGGAAAGAGUCGUUUUCUGAAAGAGGAAAACAUAAGCCCAGGAAAGUAGCGAGAGAAGAUGGAGUGAGCCUUGACUAUGCCCAUGUGUGACCCACCUGGAACAGUUCACGCUGGGGUGCAGGAGAACUCCCCCGCCCAGCAGGCAGGCCUGGAGCCCUACUUCGACUUCAUCAUCACCAUCGGGCACUCAAGACUGAACAAGGAGAAUGACACUCUCAAGGCCCUGCUGAAGGCCAACGUGGAGAAGCCAGUGAAGCUGGAGGUGUUCAACAUGAAGACCAUGAAAGUACGUGAGGUGGAGGUGGUUCCCAGCAACAUGUGGGGCGGCCAGGGCCUGCUGGGCGCCAGCGUCCGCUUCUGCAGCUUCCGCCGGGCCAGCGAGCACGUGUGGCACGUGCUGGAUGUGGAGCCCUCUUCACCUGCUGCCCUGGCGGGCCUGCGCCCCUACACAGACUACGUUGUGGGCUCGGACCAGAUCCUCCAGGAGUCCGAGGACUUCUUCUCGCUCAUCGAAUCCCACGAGGGGAAGCCCUUGAAGCUGAUGGUUUACAAUUCUGAGUCCGACUCCUGCCGGGAGGUGACUGUCACCCCCAAUGCAGCCUGGGGUGGAGAGGGCAGCCUGGGCUGUGGCAUUGGCUACGGGUAUCUGCACCGGAUCCCAACCCAGCCCCCCAGCCACCACAAGAAGCCGCCUGGUGGCCCGCCACCCAGUGUCCCACCACCCGGUGCCCCGCCGCCUGGACCCGCCCACCAGGACUCUGCUGCUCCUCUUGGCCUGGAGACAGGCUCCAAACAGGGUGACUACGUGGAGGCCUUGCUGCAGGCACCUGACUCCUCCACAGAGGAACAGCUCCCUGGGCCUGAAAGUCCUGGCCAGGGCGCUCAAGACCUCGGAGACCUGCCCCGUUCCAUGGAGACUCCUCUGCAGCCUCCGCCUCCACUACAGCGGGUCAUGGACCCAGGCUUCCUGGACGUGUCUGGCCUCUCCCUUUUGGACAGCAGCAACGCCAGCGUCUGGCCCUGCCUGCCCUCUUCCGCAGAGCUGACCCCCCCUGCGGUCUCAGCCUCAGGGCUGGAGGACGUCUGCUCCAGCAGCGGUUCUCACGAGCGUGGUGGUGAGGCCACCUGGUCUGGGUCCGAGUUUGAGGUCUCCUUCCCAGACAGCCCCGGCGCCCAGGCCCAGCCAGACCACCUGCCUCAGCUGACCCUUCCCGACAGCCUUACUUCUGCUGCCUCACCCGAAGACGGGCUGUCUGCUGAGCUGCUCGAAGCCCAGGCGGAGGAGGAGCCAGCAAGCCCAGAGAGCCCAGACUGCGGGGUGGAGGCUGGGGGGGCUCCUAGCCAGGCCCGGCUCUCCACUCCUGAACACCACUCCGGGCUAUGACCAGGCCCUUUGAUGGCGUUUCAUGAGGCCUGGAAGCGGGAGGCAGCUGAGGCCACGCUGUGUGGGGUGGCCCCUAUUUUAGUGCUUCCUGGGCUGAGGGAGGCCCUAAGUGCUGGGCAGUGUCUUCUGCUGAUUGUGGGGGGCGCUUGUGUCCACUCAGACCCUACUGGUCUCCACGAGACAACCUGUCAGCAGUCAUUCUGCCUGAUGGUCCUGGCUUUGGGGAAUUGGGCACUUGUCUAAGAAUCUCAAUCAAGUACUUUUGGCGUAGCAGGGGGCUGGGAACAGCACCAGGUUAAGUAAGUUUUCCAGAAGCUGGGAUAGGAGAGGAUUCUUUGCUGCUUGGGUCGGGCAUGGAGCUUCCAUUGGUAAAGGCCACGGGCCUUGGGGAAGGGCAUCUUUGGGCCACGUGCCCAUUACAUGUUCCUGCUCCAGUCACUGUGGCUACACGGCAGGUAACAGAGUCCAGGCACCAUUAGGUGUGAAGAUGGGGUGAGGGAGGGAGGGGUUGUGUCGAGUGUUCGCCUAAUCCUUCCGUAGGGCUUGCCUUGAUUCUUUCCAUUACAGGCAGCCUAUCUGUAAUGGAGGGCACCCCCAAGCCCUGGGGACCCCUGCCGCCCCAUUUACUGUCUCACCCUGUGCUACUCUGCACAGUUGGCUCAGGCUGACCACAUAUUCCCAUGAACCUGCCCCCUUCUCCUGAGGGCCAGUUGGAAAUUCUAGGCCCUUCAGCAGAGACUCACCUGUGCUUGGGACAUGAUGCUGCUGCUUCCCGACCAUCCACAUCUAACGCACCUAGUGUCCCCAGACGGGACACCUGUCAGCUCCCAAACUUUUACAACCAUCUCUUUUAAAUAUACAAGGCAUCUAGCCAUCCUAGUGAUGAAUAAAAGUUAACAAAUUUAAGUUCACCAUCCUAAGCAGGCUCUCAGAGCCGGUCCUCCUGCCUGGAGCUCUUCACACACAGCUCCCACCCCAAGCAGGGAUGAGGCGCCUGGACAAGAGUGAGUAAGGGCCCUCUGUUAUUUUCCACAGUACGGGAGGGGGCUGUUCCCCUCUCCUGCAGUGCCUCAGGAGGCUGAGACUGGGUUGUGUGUCUUGCUCUGCCUAGGUCCCCACAGCAACAGGAGGGCUCCGUGCAGGGAUGAUCCUUAUCACUUGAAGUCCUCUCCUCUUUGGCCAGAGUCCCUCACCUUUCCACAGCCCUUGCUGAUUACCAUGAAAGCUGCCUCCAGUCUGGCCGUCUAGCCUCAGCCCAGUCGAAAGUCCCACCUUUACCAUCUGAUGUGGAAUGUGUGCCCUUACAGGGAAUUCAGAGCUCUGUUAGGCUCACAGAGGGGCCCAGACCAAAGAUAUGGAGGGAGUCUGCUCUGGGGGCCAGAGGCCAAAGAUAUGGAGGGAGGGCCCCAUAUCAGCAAACACCUCACGUUCCCUGCACUGAGACUGCAUUUAAAAAGCAAAUCCUGGUCAGGUCCACUAGAGCAGCUGAUAAGCCUGCAGAGUAGGGAGGCGUUGUGUCCAGAGGCAGUGCCAGAACCUGGUUCCUGGGUUGUCUGGGAGCCCAGUGUCUGCCUGCAGGAAUCCAGAAGUAGAAUCAGGCGAGGCCUGUUCUGAAGCCAGUUUCCCUUCACUAACCUGGCGGCCUGACCCAGAGUCACCCUCACCCAAGGGACCUGGUUCUUCCCGCCCUCACAUUAACAUACUCCCCUCCCUAAACUGGGGGCUAAAAUGGAUAUCAAUGCUAAUUAUUUCCAGGGUAAACACAAAACCAGAAGUUUCUUACUUUCUCUGUAAUCUGCUAUGAAGGAAAAUGACAAGUGGAAAUAAAUGUGUACUGUACACUUUGAAA